AUGGCGCCGGCGGCGUCGCGGCGGGCCGCGGCCGGGCUCGGGGCGCUCCCGCGGCGCGCGCUCGCCCAGUACCUGCGGCUCCUGCGGCUGCACCCCGUGCGCACCAAGGCGGCCACCAGUGGCAUUCUGUCAGCUCUCGGGAACGUCCUGGCCCAGAUAAUUGGGAAGAAACGGAAAAAAGAAAACUCCUCUCAAAAGCUAGCCAUCAGUGGACCUCUCAGAUACGCCAUCUAUGGGUGCUUCUUUACAGGGCCACUGAGCCACUACUUCUACCUGCUCCUGGAGCUCUGGGUCCCGCCCGGGAUGCCCGGGGCCCCGCUCAAGCGUCUGCUGCUGGACCGCCUGCUCUUCGCGCCCACCUUCCUGCUGCUGUUCUUCCUGGUCAUGGGCCUCCUGGAGGGCAAGGACGCGGCCGCCUGCGUGGCCCAGGCGAGGACGGGCUUCUGGCCCGCGCUGCUGAUGAACUGGCGAGUGUGGACCCCCGCGCAGUUCAUCAACCUCAACUACGUGCCUUUGCAGUUCCGUGUGCUCUUCGCCAACCUGGUGGCCCUGAUCUGGUACACCUACCUGGCCUCUCUGGGGAAGUGAAGAUGGCCACAGGAGAAGCUGGCACUGUGGAGGGACCGAGGGAUGCCCACCUGGCAAGGACCAGCGGCAGGAGCAGCCUGACUCUGUAUCACCUGGUUCCGGGUGCCCUAAGAUGGCGGCUGGGAAAGCAGCAGCCCAAGUCAGGGGCCUGAGCAGCCCUAGAAACUGGGACUACACCGGAGUGAUUCUGUGUGCCCUUAGAUCCGACUAGAUCACAGUAAACUCUGAUGCCGCCUCUAUGGGUGACUUUAAUUUCCCAGAAAAGUGCUAUC